GGCCGCUGUCCCGCCAUGGCUCCGGGGCUCCCCGUACCCCAGACACGGCCCCCCGCCGCCAUCUUGUUAUCGGCGCCGCUCCACGCUGAGGGGCCCGGCUGUGCGGUGACCUCUGCUCACCACGGUGAAGGGCCAGGAUGUGUGGUGACCUGUGCUCACCACGGUGAAGGGCCAGGAUGUGUGGUGACCUGUGCUCGCCACCGUGAAGGGCUGAACGCCGCGGAACCCUCGCUCGCCAUGGUGGGGCGCCGGGCGCUGUGGAAAUGCUCCCUGCAGCUCGUCGCGCUGCCCUCGGCAGCGGGCUGGUCAGGUGGAAUGCCGCAGCCGUUCAACAGCUCCUAUCGGAGACCUGCAGAGCCGCCGCCGUGGAAGGGGUGGAGCGGCACCAUGGAGGAGGAGGAGAAGAGGGAUGACACUCUUCAGGGGCGGCAGCAGCAGCAGCCCGGGAGUUCUCCUGAAAAAGGUAUGGAUAAGAACACAGACGAAGACCAGCCUUCAACUGCCUGUAACCAGUACCCUAAAGAAGCAGUGAGGAAACGUCAGAAUUCGGGUCGAGGUUCCGGGGGCAAUGAUUCUUCCAGGACCUUCAGAAAAAGCUUCAGGCUGGACUACAGAUUAGAAGAGGAUGUAACAAAAUCAAAGAGGGGCAAAGAUGGGAGAUUUGUCAACCCAUGGCCAACAUGGAAAUCACCAACCUUAUUAAACAUUUUGAAAUGGUCCUUCAUGGAAAAAAAUAACAGCAAUGUGCCACGCUCAAAGCAGGAACUUGACAAAGAACUUCCAUUGUUAGAACCUUACUUUGUUCAAACGCCAGAAGAUGCUGGGAAAACAGGAGCUGGUAUGCGAGUCACGUGGCUGGGACAUGCCACAGUUAUGGUGGAAAUGGAUGAACUUGUAUUUCUUACUGACCCAAUCUUCAGCCAGAGAGCUUCCCCUAUUCAGCUGUUGGGUCCCAAGCGCUUCCGAGGGCCCCCGUGCACGGUGGCGCAGCUCCCCAAGAUAGAUGCGGUGUUGAUCAGCCACACCCACUACGAUCACCUGGACUACAACUCCGUGGCCAGCCUGAACGAGCGCUUCGGGAGCGAGCUGCGCUGGUUUGUGCCUCUGGGGCUCCUGCAGUGGAUGCAGAGAUGUGGUUGUGAGAAUGUGAUUGAACUGGAUUGGUGGGAGGAGAACUGUGUCCCUGGUCAUGAUGCGGUAACUUUUGUCUUCACCCCUUCCCAACACUGGUGCAAAAGGACUGUGACAGAUGAUAAUAAGGUUCUCUGGGGCAGCUGGUCUGUCUUGGGACCUUGGAAUAGGUUUUUCUUUGCAGGAGAUACUGGAUAUUGUUUUGCUUUUGAACAAAUAGGUAAAAGGUUUGGACCUUUCGAUCUUGCAGCCAUCCCCAUUGGAGCUUAUGAGCCAAGGUGGUUUAUGAAAUACCAGCAUGUGGAUCCUGAAGAAGCAGUAAGAAUCCAUAUUGAUGUUCAAGCAAAGAAGUCUGUAGCAAUUCAUUGGGGAACCUUUGCUUUAGCAAACGAGUAUUACUUGGAUCCUCCGAUUAAAUUGAAUGAAGCUCUUGAAAGAUAUGGCUUGAAAAAAGAUGACUUCUUUCUCUUGCGCCAUGGAGAAUCACGGAAUUUGAAUAAAAAUGAAAACUGAAACAGUGUCAGUUCCUUGUAAGCCCUGUUUGAUUUGAACGAGCAAUUAAUGUUACAAUACUAUAAUAAUGUAUGUACACAAUAGAUUUUUUAGAUUGAAUUGGAUUUCUAAAUGCCAGGUUUGUCUUUGUUUCAGAACUAAAGCUUGCAUACCAAUUUCAUGACAAAUUUUACUAGUUAUAUUGUUUAUAAAUUUAGAAGGUGACCUAAAAGUGGUUUAUAUAUUAAGUGUUGUCUGGGAAUAACUUGCUCUGAUGUGCACCACUGUUAAAAAAAAUAUUUUUAAACUCUUCAUAUUACCUGCAGCAGCAAUAAUAACUUCAGCACAGAACAUAUUCUUAGGAUUAAUGGCUGACUUGAAUUAUUCAUUGUUAGACUGUCAUGUCCGACUUGUUAGUCUUCAAGUUAUGCCCUGCACCUUGAUAGCUUCACUGUAUGUUUUGUGGGGUCAAGUCUUCCAAUACAGCUGUGUUAUUAAAGCACAACCAUGGUAAAAUUGUUUCACUCUUCAUGUAUUAAUGAACCACAGAAGCUGAAUUUUACAUCAAAGAAAUGUGCCUUUUAAAGAGAGAGAUGGUUUAAUAUUGCAUUAUGGAUGUGUAAAACUAACUGCUGGCCAGAGUAUCUGCACACUUUUAUUGUUUUGUCUGUGUUUUUUAAGUUCAGUAUGAAUGCAUCAAUUGCAGCACAUGAAGUGGAAAAAUCUCUUAGUGUCGCUUGUCCUUGCAUUAACUCAGCCUUUUUCUAAGUACCCUUUUUUUUCAGUAGAAAGUCUUAAGCAAGGGCUGUGGUAUUUUUUCUAAUAGCUUCCCUAUAAUUUUAAAGUUGAAUGAGAGAUUACAACAUUGUUCAGUGUUAUAAAACUUGGCCAAAUGUGUCUGUAUCAAAUUGUCUUGCUAAUUUACAGAAUUAAAGCCUAUUGUUGCCAAUAAAAAGGGUUGUUAUUCUCCUUUGUAAUUUCA